UCCAGUCCCAGACGAGUGCUGGAGCCGGUGGAAGCGUCGUAAUUUUUGGAAAUUAUUUCAAUUUCAAGAUAAACUGCCCCCCAAUUCUCACCUAAAAUGACUGCUAUCGAUAAAAUUCAAGUGCUCGACUCCAUCGAAAAGGAAUUACUACUUUGUUUGCAAAGUGCAGGGCAAGCACUGUUGGAGCUCAGCAAGGAGAAAACCAGCCAAAAGGCGACGGAAACCCACACGAACCAGUUUCUCAAAUCGCUGAACAUCGUCGAAUCGAAGCUCUCGGAACAGAUCAACUACCUCACGCAGGUGUCCACGGGGCAACCGCACGAAGGGUCCGGAUAUGCCGCAGCGAAGGUGCUGCAGAUGGCAUGGCACCGGAUUCAGCAUGUCAAAUCUCGGAUCAAGGAACUGGAGGAGUGCAAGAUCAAGUAUGUGCAGGCUACGAACCGAUUGCAGACGCAACGGAGUGGACCAAACGCGGGGUCCGGAGGAGUAAUGUAGGGAGUCUAGGGAGUUUCGAUUUAUUAGGUGGUAAGCUUUUAUGUAACGGUGUAAAACGAUAUUACUUUAUUUUUCUUUAAUCUUGAUUGUCCAACUGAUUAUCGGCAGCCGAAGCUUUCGGCUGACCGAUACCGAAGAAAUUAUUUUGCACUACAAAUCGUA